AUGGAUUGUUCUAAAUCUGCCCGAAAGUGUCACGGCCAGGCAAUUAAAUUUGGGGUCGUUGAUAAUUUGCCUGUAUGCAACUGCUUGAUUCAUACGUAUGGUUGUUGUGGGAUUCUUGAGUUUGCUAAUAAAGUGUUCCUUGAAAUGUCUCGAAGGGAUAUUGCCUCUUGGAACUCUUUCAUUGAUGCUUAUUUAGACAAAUGGUGGGAACUGGAUUUAUGGGGAAUGAGAAGACUGUGGCUAGUGUGCUUGGGAACUGGAUUUAUGGGGAAUGAGAAGACUGUGGCUAGUGUGCUUAGUAGAGUAGGAUUAGCUCGUAGGAUGUUUGAUAAGAUUAGAUAUAGGAAUCAAGUUUGCUGGAAUGCCAUAAUUUUGGGGCAUUGCAUUCAUGGUAAUCCGGCAGAUGGUCUAGAAUUAUUCACAGAUACGGUUGAUCGAUGCAAGGUUGGAGGAGAAGAGGGCAUUUCUCCUGAUGAAAUUUCUUUCGUCGGUGUUCUGAGUGAUUGUGCUUGGGCGAGAUUGGUAACAGAAGGCAGAAACUAUUUCAGCCAAAUGAAGAACAAAUUUGUUAUAAAGCCAAACUUUGCACAUUAUUGGUGCAUGGCAAAUAUUUAUGUAGGUGCCGAACUUUCCCGAGAGGCGGAGGAGAUCCUAAGGCAAAUGUCGGAUUGUGUUGAGGAUUUAUCAUCUGAUUCUGUGCUCUGGGCUAACUUGCUCAUCUCGUGUCGAUUUAGGGAAGGUGCGACAUUUGGGGAAAGAAUAGCAACAUCUUUGAUCGAAAAAGAGCCUAAAAACUUAUCAUAUUAUCAGUUAUUGAUGAAUGUGUAUGGUGUGGCAGGGCAAUGGGAGGAUGCUGCCAGAGUAAAACAGUUGAUGAAGGAUAGGGGGAUAGAGUUGCUGGGUGUAAUCUUGUAG